GACGUUGGCGCCUGGAGCGCUCUGCCCGGGCCCCUGGCGACCACGUCCUCCCCUUGGUCUCCCUCGGCGCCCAGGUGCUCUGACGAGGCGCAGCUCUCGGCGCAAGGCCCCCAAGGCCUCGCAGGCGGCGCCUGAGAUGCUCAGGACUGCCCGUCCCUGGCCUGUCACCGUCCCGGUCUAGCCCAGAGGAGGAUCUGUUCUGUUGGAAAAAUGGCAAGCAAAAAGCGAGAAAUCCAGUUACAGGCAGUCAUCAAUAAUCAAAGGCUGUGGGAUGAGAUGUUGCAGAACAAAGGCCUAACAGUGAUUGAUGUUUACCAAGCCUGGUGUGGACCUUGCAAAGCAAUGCAGACUUUAUUCAGAAAAUUGAAAAAUGAGGUGAACGAAGAUGAAAUUCUCCAUUUUGUUGUAGCAGAAGCUGACAGCAUUGUGACUUUGCAGCCAUUUAGAGAUAAAUGUGAGCCUGUUUUUCUCUUCAGUGUCGAUGGCAAAAUUAUUGCAAAAAUUAAAGGUGCGAAUGUACCACUUGUUAAUCAAAAAGUUAUUAGCUUGAUCAAUGAGGAGAAGAAAAUUGCAGCAGGUGAAAUGGAUCGCCCUCAGUAUCAGGAAAUUGCAUUUGUAGACUCAGAUACAGAAGAUGCUGGGGAAGCACCCUAUGAAAAUGUUGAGCCACUUCACAUUAUUGCUAUCAUUAAACCUGAUGCUGUGAUUUCUAGAAAAGCUCUAGAAAUUAAAGAAAAAAUUGUCAAGGCAGGAUUUGUCAUAGAAGCAGAGGAUAAGAGAAUGCUCACUGACAAACAAGUAAGAGACUUCUAUAUUCGAAUAGCAGACCAGCCUGACUUUGAAGAUUUUGUUCUUUUUAUGAAAAGUGGCCUAAGCUAUGUGCUAGUUAUAUCUCGAGGAGAUACACAGCAGCUUCCCUGGAAAGAAACUGAGCCUAAUUCUGAGGCUGAAGCUAAAGAACUGCCUGAGGAUGAAAACCAGAUGGCCAUAGCUACACAGAUGAAGAAGAAGCAGGACAGUUUACAAGAAUAUCUGGAAAGACAACAUAUAUCCCAGUUCUGUGAUGUUGAAGAUAAUAUAGCUAAUGUUAAUAAGCUUAUUGAUAUCUUCUUCCCUGAUUUUAAAAAUAUGAAAGGCAUAAAAUUAGAAAAGAUACUGGCAUUACUUCGACCAGAUCUCUUUCAUGAAAGGAAAGAGCAAGUUUUGAAUAUUAUUCAAGAAGAAGGCUUUAAAAUACUGAUGCAAAGACAAAUAGUAUUAACAGAAGAAGAAGCAAAAACAUUAUGCAAGGAAUAUGAAAAUGAAGAUUAUUUUGAAGAUCUUAUACAAAACAUGACCCGUGGUCCAUCUCUAACCCUUGUUCUAUUAAGAGAGAAUGGUUUACAGCACUGGAAAGAUCUAAUGGGACCAAACAAUGUUGAAAAAGCCAAGGAAUAUCUUCCAGAGUGUUUAUGUGCACAAUUUGCAAUGGGAAGUCUGCCUAUCAACCAGUUGUAUGGAAGUGAUUCAUUAGAAGCUGCCAAAAGGGAAAUACAGUAUUUCUUUCCUUUGCAAAGCACUUUAGCAGUGAUUAAGCCUCAUGUAACACAUGAACAAAGAGAGGGGAUCUUGAGGCGUAUUAAAGAGGUUGGAUUUGAUAUAACACAGAUGAAGGAAAUGCUUCUAACUGAAGAGCAUGCAGACAAAAUUUAUUCAAAAAUAAAAGGAAGAGACUUUUACAAAGAUCUAUUGGAAAUGUUAUCUGAGGGCCCAUCUGUGGUCAUGAUCCUGACCAAGUGGAAUGCUGUUUCAGAAUGGAGACGAUUGAUGGGUCCCACAGACCCAGAUGAAGCAAAACUACUGUCCCCUGAAUCUAUCCGAGCCAAGUUUGGAAGAAGUGUUUUGAAAAAUGCUGUGCAUGGAUCAUCUAAUAUCAGUGAGGCAGUGGAGGUCAUAAAUAGUGUAUUUGAAGACAUGGAUCCUGAGAAUCCUGAGGAUUGAAAACUUUGAGAAGUUAAUGCAUAUGAGUUCACACCAGCAUAUAACCAUGCGCGGCACAGCUUCCUGGAAGGAAUGACAAAGACAUGCUGUGGAGGAAUACUCAAUGUUACCUCAAGUUGAAGGCUCACUUCAAAGUAAAAAUCACAUG